ACUCUUUACUUUCGAAUGUAACUUUUCUAUAUAUAGAGACCCUCGUCUCUGUCAACUUAUCUCUACAGAUCAAAAUGGAGUUGCUUAUUUUCCUUCUCCUCCUCCCUAUCUUCCUCUUGUUUCUUCUCAAGAUACACAUAAGAAAACCUCGUCUCCCUCCUGGUCCCAAGGGUCUUCCCUUGGUAGGAAACCUUUUCCAGCUUGACAACUCCAACAUUCAAAAACAUUUAUGGCAGCUUUCCAAACAGUAUGGACCUCUCAUGUCCUUAAGACUAGGAUUCAAGCAAACUCUAAUAGUCUCUUCAGCCAAAAUGGCUAAAGAGGUUUUGAAAACCCAAGAUCUUGAAUUCUGUAGCAGGCCUUCCUUGCUUGGUCUACAGAGAUUAUCCUACAAUGGUUUAGAUUUGGCUUUUGCACCCUAUGAUGCUUAUUGGAGAGAGAUGAGAAAAAUCUGUGUCGUCUAUCUCUUCAACUCAAAUCGAGUCCAGGGGUUUCGUCCCAUUAGAGAAGAUGAAGUUUCUCGUAUGCUUGAAAAUAUAUUGAAAGUAGCUGAUGCUUCUAAACCUGUCAACUUGACUGAAGCAAUGAUGGCUCUUACGAGUGCUGCAAUAUGCAGAGUUGCUUUUGGAAAGAGAUUUGAGGAAGGAGGAAAUGAAGCCAAGAGGUUUCAUGAGUUGCUUAAUGAAACUCAGGCCAUGUUUGUGGGAUUCUUCUUUUCAGAUUAUUUUCCUUACAUCGGUCGCAUUGUUGAUAAAUUCUCUGGACUUCUCUCCAGACUCGAAAAGAAUUUCCAUGAUUUUGAUGCUUUCUACCAAGAACUCAUCGAUGAACACCUCGAUCCAAAGAGGCAAAAGCCACAGCAUGAGGACAUUCUUGAUGUUUUACUUCAGCUUUGGAGGGAUCGUUCAUUUAAAGUUCAACUAACUUUUGAGCACAUCAAAGCAAUUCUCAUGAACGUAUUUGUUGCAGGAACAGACACAAGUGCUGCUGCUGUGAUAUGGGCUAUGAGUUUUCUAAUGAAAAAUCCUAAAACAAUGAAAAAAGUUCAAGAUGAAAUAAGAAGCUUAAUUGGGAAAAGGGGUUUUGUAGAUGAAGAUGAUAUUCAACAAUUGCCUUAA